CAAACAUCGCGAGAAACCUCGAGAGUUCGCGCUGUGUGUCCUCUGUCUGCAGCAUCACCGUCACUUUCCGCGGCUCUACCUCCUGCUACUGCCUGCUCGUUCAGUACAUCGUGUUUUCUAAUACACUGAGCUUAAGUAUUUAACGCUGCCAUGGCUGAUGCUGCCAUUUCUUUUGCUAAAGACUUUUUGGCUGGUGGUGUCGCAGCGGCUAUUUCCAAAACCGCAGUCGCACCGAUAGAGAGAGUCAAACUGCUGCUGCAGGUGCAACAUGCCAGCAAGCAGAUCAGUGCUGACAAACAGUACAAAGGUAUUGUCGACUGUAUUGUGAGGAUUCCUAAGGAGCAAGGCUUUGUUUCCUUCUGGCGCGGCAACCUAGCCAACGUCAUUCGCUAUUUCCCCACACAAGCCCUCAACUUUGCCUUCAAGGACAAGUAUAAACAGGUAUUCUUGGGUGGCGUUGAUAAGCACACGCAGUUCUGGCGAUACUUUGCUGGCAACUUGGCCUCUGGUGGAGCUGCAGGAGCCACUUCCCUCUGCUUCGUCUACCCCCUAGAUUUUGCUCGUACCCGUUUGGCUGCAGAUGUCGGGAAAGCUGGCAGCACCAGAGAGUUCAAUGGGCUGGCCGACUGCCUGGUCAGAAUCUUUAAGUCAGACGGGUUGCGGGGUCUGUACCAGGGCUUCAACGUCUCUGUCCAGGGCAUCAUUAUUUACAGGGCGGCCUACUUCGGCAUCUAUGACACUGCUAAAGGCAUGCUUGCCGACCCUAAGAACACCCACAUUGUGGUCAGCUGGAUGAUUGCACAAUCUGUGACAGCAGUGGCUGGCGUGGUCUCCUAUCCCUUUGACACUGUUCGGCGUCGCAUGAUGAUGCAGUCUGGGCGCAAAGGAGCGGAUAUUAUGUACACUGGAACCAUUGACUGCUGGAGAAAGAUCGCUCGUGAUGAAGGCGGCAAAGCGUUCUUCAAAGGGGCUCUGUCCAAUGUGCUUAGAGGAAUGGGGGGCGCUUUUGUGCUCGUGCUUUAUGACGAAUUUAAGAAGUAUGUUUAAACAUUAUAUGCUAAAAGAAAGUAGAAACUUUAACCAAACCCUCUCCAUUCCACACAGAUGUGGUCUUGGUUAAAUUGUGUUAGAUACCAAAAGCAAUUAAUGUUUUUCAUUAAUUUUGUUGGUUGCUAUGUUUUUAUGUUUAGAAAAUGCUCUUUCUUUUAAUGAUAAAUAAUCCAUAUUUUGGCAAAAGAAAGCAUCUGUAUGUGUGAUUUAAGUGUGCAGCCAGAUAAAUAUUACAGAUAAAAUUAUAAAAAUUAUGCAUUUAAAAUAUAAGUGAAAGGUGUUGCAUAUUUAUGCUCAAAACUAUAAAAAAGAUAUGAAUUUAUUGAUUUUGUCUAUAAUAUUCCUACAUAAAUCUGAGCCAUUAUUUGUAUCCAUUAAUAUAUUGUCUAUACCGUGCAAUACCAUAAUACCACCUCAAGAUGGCGUGACACGACAGCAUUUUGUCCUGCGUUCAUACACUACUAUGUUCUUGUAGUUUUUCAGUUUCUCCUAGCCAAGGUCUCUGGUAACAAGGGUAUACGAUAUCACUCUCAAAACACAAUGUGGAGUUCAAACACACAGAAGACUGUUCCACAGUUUAAACGUUUUCUCAAGUUGGACUUGAAAAACCAACUGAGAGCUAGUGUCCGAUAUAAUCAUAGACGUAUUAAAUAUGACGCUUUAAUUCACAACAGAUUUGCCCUCUAUGUGUCUCAGCAAUGAAAGGGAGCCCAGUAAAGUGUUCCAGCAGAGAGUGUGUGGAGCCAGAGACAUGGCAUUCACAGUCAGACCUUAUGUGACACGAAAAGUGUAUUUCCAUGAUUUCUCUUUUUGGAAGUCCGCUUAAGUAUUUUCCAUCUUGGAUAAUGAGGGGAGUCAUAUUUUCAUGGUCAUUUUCUUGUCAGUCUCAGUGUUUGGUUGCGUCAGGCUGAUCUUGAUGAAGUAGAUCCCUCUUUUAGAAGUAUAAAUGUGAGGGCAAGUAAAGAAGGGCAUUUUGAGUUCAGUAAUGACACUGAAACGUAACACUCAUUUUUAGCAUGUAGAGCUAUUGUACUAUUAUUCCACGCUAUAUGGAGAGAAAGGUAAUGUCCGAACACCAAUGCUUGUAAAUUCAAUAAAAGUGGAUACCCUA